AUACAGUCCUAAUACGUAGACGAUUCCUAAAUUCAUAGUGUCAAUUUGCUAUUUAGGUAUUGCAAAAAUGAGAACGCAAAUUAAAAAAGCUCCACAGAUUCUCGAGCUUUUGAAGACUAAAUCCAUAGGAAUGCAACACUGCAAGACCACGUCUUCAGUUUGCGCGUUAAAGUCAAUGGAUGCUGUACAGGUGCCCGCUGAUGGGCAAGGUCUAGCCUCUAUCCCAGGACCGACGAACUGGCCGCUGUUUGGCAGCUUAAUCGAGCUUCUCCGAAAAGGAGGGCUGAAACGACAGCACGAAACAUUGAUUGAGUACCAUAAAAGGUUCGGGAAAAUCUUCAGGAUGAAGCUGGGAUCUUUCGAAUCAGUUCACAUUGGCGCUCCUUGUUUACUGGAGGCACUAUACAGAAAGGAAGGCAACUACCCACAGCGCCUUGAAAUAAAACCCUGGAAAGCAUACAGGGACUUCAGAAACGAGGCGUACGGACUCCUUAUUUUGGAAGGAGAGGAUUGGCAGAGAGUGAGAAGCGCAUUCCAGCAGAAAUUAAUGAAACCUACAGAAGUGAUGAAACUGGACGGAAAAAUCAAUGAGGUUCUGGCUGAUUUUGUUGAUCGGAUUGGGAAAGUCAAUGUCAAUGGUCACAUUAAUGACUUAUAUUUUGAACUGAACAAGUGGUCGUUUGAAACUAUUUGCCUGGUGUUGUAUGACAAGCGAUUUGGGCUUCUGGGCCAGAACGUAAAUGAAGAAGCAAUUAACUUUAUCACAGCUAUAAAAACCAUGAUGAAUACGUUUGGAACGAUGAUGGUCACUCCGGUCGAGCUCCACAAAAGCUUCAAUACGAAGACAUGGCAGGAUCACACGGCAGCCUGGGACCACAUAUUCCGCACAGCAAAAGUCUACAUAGACAAAAAACUGAAACGCCACCAGAAGGAUUCGAGCGAUGACUUCCUGUGUGAGAUCUACCACCACAGUCGCUUGUCCAAGAAGGAGCUGUAUGCGGCCACCACAGAGCUUCAGAUUGGAGGAGUUGAGACCACAGCCAACAGCUUCCUGUGGGCCAUUUUCAACCUAUCCCGCAAUCCGCGAUGUCAGGAGGAGCUGCUGCGGGAGAUUACAGCUACAGUCCCUGCAGGAGAGGCACCCAAUGCUCGGCACGUAAAGCAGAUGCCCUUCCUCAAAGCCUGUCUGAAGGAAUCUAUGAGACUUUCGCCCUCGGUGCCAUUUACUAGUCGGACUUUGGAUAAAGAGACUGUGCUUGGACAUUAUAUACUGCCAAAAGGAACAGUCUUGAUGAUAAACAGCCACGCCCUGGGCUCUAAUGAAGAGUACUUUGAUGAGGGGAAGCAGUUUAAGCCCGAGCGCUGGCUUCAGGAGAAGAGCACCAUCAAUCCCUUCACUCACGUGCCCUUCGGUAUCGGCAAGCGGAUGUGCAUUGGCCGUCGUCUGGCAGAGCUGCAGCUGCAGCUUGCGUUGGCCUGGGUGAUAAGAGAAUAUGAAAUCCUAGCAACAGAUAAUGACCCAGUAGAGGCAAUACACUCAGGAACCCUUGUCCCCAGCCGCGAAUUGCCAGUGGCCUUUAUCAGGAGAUGAGGUGGCAGUUUGGCAUCUCCAUUGUCUGCUCUGUGCUUAAAAAGAGAUGGAGAUUGUACUCAUUGUGACCAGAAAACCUGCUCAUCGCACCUCUUUCUAAACAUGAAAAAUACCUCAAAAUGCAACAAAUCACCCCAAAGCUAUUUCAUGGACUGAAAGACCAAGCUAUCUAAAGUAACAAAUUCCCAAAUCAAGAUGAUUGCACUUUAUUAUCUUCUUAUGUCUGCAUGCCUACUAUGACUGGAAUUUUGAUAAUCAGUUAUUAAUAUGUAUAUAAUGUUGUGCUGAGUACUCUGCUGUUUUGUUAUAUUUAAAUGAUUAUCUAUGUGUUCAAAAAGAUGUACACAUUCUUUAUCAAAGCAUUGAAUAAAUGUGUUUUUACUUGU